AUGUCGUCAGGCGGCGCUCCAAACAACCCGGACGAGGGCUCAGCCCUUCUACCCAACAAAUCAUCCCCUCCGCCGCGCCGCGAGUCGUUCAGCAUCGGUAACUUGAUCAACCCUUUCCGUGCGAACAACUCAAGCGCCCGGCGAGGAAGCGAUACGCGACCGCCCUUUGACACGCGUCGACCAAGCAAUGCUCUGGAUCCCACCAGCCCCGAGUCGGCAUUCUCGGCGCAGCGAAAGCGACCCACCGCCAACACCAAAUUCCCUCGAUCCGUCACCUUUGACUCUCCCCACUCGUCGUUCCCUCCUGGUCCCAGAGAGGACCGUUCUCGGGUAGCAAGCUACCAUCCACCCGGAAACCAUCGUGCACCCAACAUGGACGACGAGAACGACUCGGGCUAUGACAUUGAACGCCAAGGCUCGGCCUGGAAUCGUCGUAGCAUCAACUCGUCCGCCUUCAGCCACCUCGAAGGUCGCAGCUACCGAUUCCAGCCAGCGCAGGACCCAGGCAGCCACGGCAGCCCCCUGGUCCCAGGCUCCUUCACUGCCACCUCCUCCUCCAUUCGAGACGAAACGGCCCAACUUGCUGGUAUGAUCAUGUCAGACGACGAGGGCACCGGUAGCGCAAAUGACUCCAACAUCUACGACAUUGGCGAGGAAGAAGAUGCAUCUUCUCCAGGUGCGCUCUUUCCUCCCUCACGCUUCGCAGCUCAGAGUGACAGCCCCACCAUCUCUCCUAUCGCCUCGUACGGCGUCAACCACUCCGGACCCAGCAACUUGACUCGUGCCAUGGCCGCUUCGCAAGCUGCCAGCCCUCAGAGUGCAAAGACGGCCAUUACAGCCGAAGAUGACGGUAGUCAGGCUACCCCCCGUGUCACUUCCUUCCACGGCCUCACGCAGACCGUAGCAACGCCGCAAAGUUUGGCAGGAGACGAACAACACAAGAAUAUCAGCCUCGCAGCUCCGAUAGAGCAUGCAAAGCCAAUGGAUCAGCGAUCCACAUCCCGUAGCCGAUCGCGCUCAUCGACGAGAAAACCUUCGAACCGUCAUCGUUCUCAGUCUCGUGAUCCUCAAGACUCUGAGGCCACUGGCCACUCUUCUUUCAGCCAAUUCAGUUCGGCUACCCAAUCAGAACAGCAGAGAGCUGGCAUUGGGUAUGGCGCACUCGCCCAAGCUGAGCAGUCCGUGCUGGAAGCAGAACAAGGAAUUCAAAGGUCCCCGCGCAGAGCAUCGCAGCAUCAUCCUGAACCCUUCAAGACGCUCUCUCCAUGGUGGUCGUUGCUUCCCAAGGUCUGCAGACCCGGUCAAGGCGACAUUCCUACCACAACUUUCAAUCCCAUGCAGCGCGCUCAAGAUCUCAUCACUUCGACACGCAGCAUCACGUGGAAGUCGGCAGCCGAAGCCAGCGUUGAACCGAUCCGUCUCGUCCCUGCUGUCAUCCUUGGGAUGCUUAUGAACGUGCUCGACGGUGUCUCGUAUGGUAUGAUCAUGUUCCCUGCUGCCUACCCCAUUUUUGCCAACUUUGGCGGUGAUGGGGUCUCGAUGUUCUUUGUCACUUGCAUCUUGUCUCAGCUGGUCUACACGCUCGGUGGAUCGAUCUUUAAAGGCGGUAACGGAAGCAUGAUGAUCGAGGUGGUUCCCUUCUUCCACAUUUUGGUUCGAAUCAUCAUUGAAGAGCUUGGCGAUGAGAAUCCAAAGGCGGUCAUUGCUACCACAAUGGUGGCAUUUGCCCUCUCCUCGAUCCUCACCGGUCUGGCAUUCUUGCUCCUCGGCGCUCUGCGACUGGGAGUGCUGAUCGGGUUCUUCCCUCGCCACAUUUUGGUCGGAUGCAUCGGCGGUGUCGGCAUCUUCCUCAUCGAGACCGGUCUCGAGGUGUGCAGCCGACUGCAGUCUGAGGAUGGCUUCCAGUACAACCUCGAGACGCUGCGCUUUUUCUUCCAAUCAGGACACAUGAUCGCUCUGUGGCUGCCACCAUUGCUGCUCGCCAUCCUCUUGCGCGUCAUCACCUCGCGCUUCCACCACCCACUCAUCUUCCCCGGAUACUUUUUAAUGAUCCCCGUUCUCUUCUACAUCAUCACAACCGGCUUCCUGGGCAUCUCGAUCCAGCAGCUGCGAGAUGACGGCUGGGUGUUCGACAUCGGCGAAGCGGCAAGCAAGGCAUCCUUCUACCGCUUCUACACCUACUUUGACUUUGGUCAGACCAGUUGGCGCGCGCUGUGGGCGACAAUGCCUACGCAACUCGCGCUCGUGUUCUUCGGUAUCCUUCACGUGCCGCUCAACGUGCCUGCGCUGGGUGUCAGUAUCAACGAGGAUAACGUCGAUACCGAUCGCGAACUCGUCGCCCAUGGCAUUUCAAACUUGGUAGCUGGUUUGAUCGGCACCGUCCCCAACUACCUCUGCUACGUCAACAGCGUACUCUUCUAUCGCGUCGGUGGCGGCUCGGUGCUCAGUGGUCUCAUGCUUGCCGGUGGAACUGCGAUCAUCAUGAUCGCCGGUCCGGGAACCAUCAGCUAUCUUCCCGUCAUGAUCGUCGGGGCGCUCAUCUUUGUGCUAGGUAUUGACCUGGCGAAAGAAGCGCUGUACGAUACCGUAGGUCGCGUCAACGGCUGGGAGUAUUUGACGAUUUGGGUGAUUGUGAUCGUGAUGACCUACUGGGACUUUGUCAUCGGCAUUCUGGCAGGCAUCAUCAUCGCAUGCUGCUUCUUCGUCGUGCAGACGUCGCGUAGGAAGACGGUGCGUGCCAUCUUUGACGGCAGCGUAGCGCGCAGUACGGUUCGACGACACAUGAUCCAACGUCACUUCUUGGACGAGGUGGGCACACAGACGCAAAUCAUCAAGUUGCAGGGAUUUCUGUUCUUCGGCACCAUCAACUCGGUCGAAGAUCUCAUCCGAAGGGCGCUGGAUAUUGCUGCUUGGAACCAGAACCCGAUCCGAUUCUUGAUUGUCGACUAUACACUCGUCAGCGGCGUGGAUUUCUCGGCUGCCGAAGCGUUCCUGAGGAUCAACCGGUUGUUGAUGGCCAAGGGCGUGCUGCUGGUAUUUUGCGGCUUGAAGCCGGACAGUGACGUCGGGGUCGCGUUGCGCAGCGUGGAUCUCUGGGCAGACAGGAGCGAGAACUUGGAGGUGUUUGCGAAUCUCAAUGAGGCGCUCGAGUGGACCGAGAACGAGUAUCUGCGCGGCAUGUACGCUUCGAGCCUGAUCGCUGCCAAAGCAUUUGGACAGGCAUCGAUGGGAGCCGAAGGUGGGUUGACAGUCCCAGAUCAGAAACGCAAACCGGCGUUUGUGCUGGAUCAUUCCUACGAAAACUCGCCACGACGACACCAUCUGCACGAAGCGGCCAAGACGGCGGUGCAGAGCGAACGAACCACGCCGAUCUCGGAAAUCGUCCCCACGUUCCCGACAGACCAAGACAAGGUGGAAGAUAGCGAGCCAGCCGCUACUGCAGCGACUAAGGUCAGUCACGCUCAACCGUUCCCUCUGCUCGGGAUUACGUUCCGCGCAUACCUCAACCGCCAAACUCCGCCAUCUUCGGAGGAAGAGUUCUUCUCGUCGCUCGUGCCCUACUUUACGCUGAUUCGCAAGUCGCGUGGCGACGUCAUCUGGAAUCGCGGCGACUCGGCAGACGCGGUAUACCUGAUUGAAUCCGGAAUCGUCAAGGCGCGCUACGACUUCCCGCAGGAACAGUACGAGAUCAACGAAGCCAUGCUGGCGGGCACGAUCGCCGGUGAACUCACUUUCUUGUCAAGGAAGGAGAGGAACACAACUGCCUAUGCGGAUACGGACGUCAAGCUGUGGAUGCUUGAUAGACAAAGUUUGGAGAAGAUGCAUGCCGAACAGGGCCAGAGCUAUCAGUGCUUUGUCGAGAUCCUACUGAGGGUGGCAGGUGACGAGCAGGAGAGUUUGAUGAGCUAUUUGGUGUCGAGGUUGAGUUGA